AAAGGACCGUACUGUAACUGUUAGAUUUACUUUCCAUCAAAAUGUCACCCAGUGGACUCUAUCCCCGCUCUCUGCUCACUUGAAAGAAACGAGUGAAACGGACAAACGAACAGUCAUGCUACUGAUCUGCAUUGCAUCGGUUCUCGUCUGUUCUGCAGCAGAGUUCUCCCUGGUUGUCCCUGAAUCUUCGGUCUCAGCACAGUUGGGUUCCUCAGUUGUUCUGCCCUGCAGUCUUUCUCCACCUUUAAACUCCAAAACUUUUGAAGUCCAGUGGUACAAGAACGAAGACUCUAAAAAAACAGUUAUGCUCCACAAAGCCGAAAAUGUGCAGGAGAUCAGGAGAGAUGCCAGGUACAAGGACAGAGUGUCUCUGAUUGGAGAACUGGAGAAAGGGAACAUCUCAUUGGAACUGAAUAAUUUCACAGCGGCAGAUGAAGGAGAAUAUGUGUGCCAUGCUCAGAGCAUCAGUUGGUAUGAGAAGGCCAGCGUGAACCUGGUUGUGAAAGCACUGGGUUCUCCUGUUGUUGUCUCAUCUGCGGAUGCUGGAAUAUUAACAUCUCACGUACUAGGGGUGAAUGUGACCUGUACAUCAGGUGGAUGGUCACCAAAACCCACACUCACCUGGAGAGACAGCGCAGGACGAGAACUCCCAAACACCCACACUCACUACAGAACUGACUCUGAAGGCUUAGUGAGUGUGAGCUCGUGGUUGCUUGUAUCUCCGUCUCAGUCAGACUGGAUCUCCUGUACUGUGGGUUUAAACCAUCAGGAAGUGAGAGAGAGCAGAAUUGUUCCACUCAGAGGAUUCUGGAAGGCGUUCAUCUUGACUCUGGUGGUGUCAUUAAUUAUCAUCAUCAUCAUCUUCACUAUUCUUCUAAUUUUAUUCAAAAAAGCAAAAGCAGCAGUUAACUCUCACGAGUCUUUACAAUCAGAGAGUGUUCCUCUCAACACUACAGAGAACACCAAGCGAGUGAGUCUCACUCUGGAUCCAUCAACAGCUGCUAAAUGUCUGAAAGUCUCCAGGGACGGGAAAAGUGUUUCCUAUAAAACACUAAACAGUAAAUCUGACUGUAAAUUUCCUGAUGUUGUGAGUAAAGAGAAGUUCGGCUCAGGGCAGCACUACUGGGAGGUGAUGAUCUGGGAUAAAACAUCAAGGGCACAGCCGAAAUCAUCAUGGUGUGUAGGAGUGACUCAGAAACCCCACUCGGAGACUCAGAAACCCCACUCGGAGAAGGUCCUCAGAGCUCUCUGUUAUGAAGAAGGCAGUGGGUUAUACGCUAAUACUCAUGAUUUUAGUAAAAUAUCCACUGAAUGUAACAUGUACACAUUAGGGCUGCAUUUAGACUGUGAACGUCGCAAACUUACCUUUUAUAAUGCAGAUAAACCCUUUAAACAUGAUCUCUACACAUUUAAUACCAUCCCACAGGGCACGUAUUACGCGUUCCUCAGUCCAGGAGUGAAAGAUGAUCAUCCUAUCAGAAUUCUCAAUCAGGACUGAAAUCUCAGAGUCAGUUACAACAGUGCAUUAGAUCCAGAUGUGUGUUGUGAUGUUCAGCAGGUAGAACUUCCUGUAACUGAAAUAAACCUAAUGAAAUCAGAGAAGCGUAUUCACACUACACAAGCUGUAUCAGUAUUUACACAGGGAGAGUUACUCGUGUUCAGAUUCAGGUUACAAAACGGAUUGAGUGG